AUGGCGACCCCCAAAAUCCCCAUCACAGUGAUAACCGGCUUCGUUGGCUCGGGAAAAACAACAAUGAUCCUAAACCUCCUGCCUCAACUCCGCGCCGAAAACCCCUCCUACAAACUCGCCCUCAUCAAAAACGAAAUCGGCGACUUGAACGUCGACUCCCAACUCGCAUCCGCCGCCGAAAUGACAGGCGUCUCCGAAUUGCUGGGUGCAUGUAUUUGCUGCACAAACGUUGGACAAAUCGGAGAUGCAUUGAAAGAAUUGGAUGAGACGUAUUCGCCAAACAGAGUUAUUAUUGAGACGUCAGGAAGUGCAGAGCCGAUCAAAUUGAUGGUGGAGUUGAAGAGGUUGGCAGGGGAGACGGGGAGAUACGCAUUGGAUGGCGUGGUGAGCGUGAUUGAUGUGGAAAACUGGGAUGGGUAUGCAUCUACUUCGUACACGGCAAAACUGCAGGCUCAGCAGACCGAUCUGAUCGUCUUGAACAAAUGGGAAGGUCUGUCUGAGAUGGCGUUUGAGAGGACGUUGGACAAGCUUGGAGAUAUGGAUGUGGACACGCCGCAUAUCAAGAGUGACAAGGGUUGGAUUAGCAAGGACUUGCUGUUCGGUAUUGACGAGAGGAUGGCUAGAGAUUGGGUUGCUUUGAACCAGCAGCAUGGCCAUGACCACAAGCAUGAGCAUGGGGAUGGGCAUAAACACGAUCACAACGAGGAGAUGGAAGCUUUGAGCGUCACCCUCACCUCUGCUUCUCCAUCUACCGCAUCUCUGGACACCACGAAGCUCGCCAACCUUCUCAAAACAGCACCCAAAGACGAAGUCUACCGUAUCAAAGCUGUCCUGCGUACAACACAAACACCUGCAAACAGCGACGGUACACCAGCAGACGAGGAUACCGAAUUUGCAACACCAAAGAGAUAUAUUUUGAACUGGAGUUUUGGCCGCUGGAUGUGGACAUUGGAUCAGACCGAGACAAAAGAAGAGCCCGUACUAAGGAUGAGCAUCUUCACUGGCCGCUACGAAAGCAACAAGUGGCUGAAGAGGGUUGAAGCAAAGACCUACACUGCUUUGACUGAUGGCUCUGACUACGAGCUUGAGGUCAAGCGUGUUUUGUAG